CCGCAAGCUAUCCAGCUAUGAAAGCCCCAUAAUAUCCCCAUUCCCAAGAAUGUCCAAGCCCACGGCCAACUGGGAGAAAGUCGGUGACAAGUUCUACCGCAGAAUAGAGCUCUACCGAAAUAUCUUCGAUACGGAUCUCGAGCUCGAGAACUACAAUGUAGUGGGGGCUCCGUACAGCGGCGCUGUAGCCAUUUACCGUGAUGAGGACAAGAUACAUGCGUACCGCGGAACCCAGGCGGCCAAGUCGAGCAUCGAUGUUUAUAGCUGCGCGGGGACGUUGAUUCGGCGCAUCAAUUGGGAUAAAGGGUCGAUAAAAGGCUUGGGGUGGUCUGAAGACGAGAAGCUGCUUGUUGUUACGGAAGAUGGCACCGUUCGAUGCUACUACGAUUUGCAGGGGGACUUUGUACCUUUUACACUCGGACACGGAGCAGACGAACAUGGCGUACAAUCAUGCAGGUUCUGGUCCUCCGGCUUCGUGGCCCUGCUCGGCAACAACCACCUCAUCUCGGUCUCGCGCUACGACGAACCACGACCGAAGCUCCUCGCAAUACCACCCCCAGACCCUGUCGUAUCGUGGGCAAUAAUACCUCCUGCAUACUCUCUCUCUCGAUCCGUAGAAGUUAUUCUUGCAAUUGGCACAACGCUAUACGUCGUUGACGCCACAGAUGCGGAGGAUAGGGACUUCACGGCCGGCCCCUUCCGACAUAUCAGCGUAUCUCCCCGCGGCGAAUUCCUUGCCUUCUAUACAGACGAUGGGAAAGUGUGGGUUGUGAGCGGUGACUGGUCUGAGAAGCUCUCCGAGUACAAUUCUCGCGCAAAGACGGUACCGAAGGAUAUGCAAUGGUGUGGCAGUAAUGCCGUGGUUUUGGCCUGGGAAGACGAAGUCCAUCUCAUCGGCCCCAGAAGUGUCGCUACAAAAUUUUACUAUGAUGCCUGGGUACAUCUACUACCGGACGUAGACGGCUUACGGUUACUGACUAACGAUGUCUGCGAGUACCUCCAGAAAGUGCCAGACGAGACAGAGGAAGUCUUCCGACUGGGCUCCGAAACCCCCGCCGCAAAUCUCCUCGAAGCAUCGAAUCUUCUCGACCAGAAAUCUCCAAAAGCAGAUGAUCUGAUUCAACUUAUCCGUCCCUCUCUCGCCGGAGCAGUAGACACGUGCGUGAAAGCCGCUGGCCAUGAAUAUAAUAUCCACUGGCAGAAAUCUCUGCUAAAAGCAGCCUCAUUUGGCAAAUCGGUGCUAGAUUUGUAUAGCUCUGACGACUUCGUCGACAUGUGCGAAACACUCCGCGUUCUCAACGCUGUACGAUUCUAUGAGAUUGGAUUACCGUUGAGCUACAACCAAUUCAAGCGCCUGACUCCGGAGAAACUGAUCUCGAGACUGACGAAUAGACAUGAGUAUCUCCUUGCUCUGCGCAUAUCUGAGUAUCUCCACUUGCCGACGGAUAAGAUUCACGUUCACUGGGCACAGCAAAAAGUCCGCGUGUCCACCGCAGACGAGGCAUCAAUAUGCAACCUCAUUUUCAGGAAACUACAUGGAAAACCAGGUGUCUCGUUCGAGGAAAUUGCACGCACCGCGUACGACGAAGGUCGCGUUCGACUAGCAACCGAACUUCUAAAUUACGAGCCCCGCGCUGGAAAACAGGUCCCAUUACUUCUUGGCAUGAAAGAAGACACCAUUGCGCUAGAUAAAGCCAUCGAAAGCGGAGACACCGAUCUCAUCUACCACGUGCUGCUCCACCUGCGCAAGAAACUCCCUCUCGCGUCCUUCUUCCGCGUCAUCAACUCCCGGCCCGUUGCCACCGCGCUCGUAGAAUCAAGCGCAUGGUACCAGGACAAAGAAGUCCUGAAAGACCUCUAUUAUCAAGACGACCGCCGCCUCGACGGCUCGAAUCUCCUGCUCUCGGAAGCCCUUUCCGCGACUGACCUUCCAGCUUCUUUGGAUAAGCUCAAACUCGCAUCAAAGUACUUACAAGACAGUAAAGACUACGCUUUCCACCGCCAGCAACUCGACGACGCGGCCAAGCUCCUGCGGAUGCAGGAAACUUUUGAAAAAGACCUCAACUCCAACCCAGGGACUAGCAGCGCCAACCCCAGCUCCAGCGUCAGUCCAGGCAACUCCUCAUUCAUCGGCCUCUCCGCCAACGAGACGGUAUUCCACCUCCUCCGCCAAUCCCACACCAAACGCGCGCAAAAAAUCAUCUCCGAAUUCCGCAUCCCCGAGAAAACCGCGGCCUGGCUGAAACUCCGGGCUCUCGUCUCCGCACGCCACUGGACUGAACUGGAAGAACUCUCAAAACAAAAAAAAUCGCCGAUUGGCUGGGAGCCUUUUUUCAACGAGGUACUUGCGGCGGGGAAUACGCGGGUAGCGAGCGCGUUUGUGCCGAAGUGUACGGGGUUAACUGUGGCAGAGAGGGUCGAGAUGUGGAUGAAAUGUGGGUUAGUAGUUAAGGCGGGGGAGGAAGCGUUUAGGGCGAAGGACCGGGGUUUGUUGGAGGAGGUUAGGGGGAGGGCAAGUGGAAGUGCAGCGGUGGAAGUCGAGAGGUUAGUUGGAUUGUUGCCAGUGGGGAGAAGGUAGGGGACGUUGGAGGGAUGGGUGAAGGGCGGAGCAGGGAUUUAUCUGUACCAUGGAGAUGGUGGACGAAGAGUAUUCUGGAGAGUUGGGAUUAAAAGAACUAUAUACUCAGGUUAGCUGUGAACUAGGGGUAUCGUGGAUAUGAAACAAUUCGUAUC